GAUUGCCCCUCCGUAAGACGCCCAUUGUUGUGUUUGACUGUCUCAAGCAUCAAAUAGAAGCAGAGCUUAGUAGAUGGGCCGGUUCUUAGCUUUCUCAAGUUGGCCUGAUCACUCUAAUUAACUAACUUGUUCUCGAAUAUAACUCACUUUCACUCUCUUAAUGUUCUUUGGUUCGAAUCAGAUCAGAUUUGAAUGGAGAAUUGUAAAGCUACUCACUUUCACUCUCUUAAUGUUUGGAGCUGUCGCUGUCGGUGCGCUGGUGGCCGCCCACGUGUUCCUCCUCCCCUCCGCCGCCGUCCCCGACGCCUUCAAGCUCCCCAAGGCAUCUCCUCAAAUGAGGCUUCUUUACGUUGCUCCAAACCUAAACAUUCCCACAUUUCUGGCUUUCUUGAUUCUUGAAAGGAGAUUAGGUGACGAUUUCUUGAUUCUGUUCUGUGACAUUUGGCCGCCUACACCGGUUAUGUAGGCGUAUAUUUAUGUAUUCUUUAAUCAAUGACUGAAUAUUUUGAUACGCAAAAGCGGAAAAAGAUCCAAUUUUUAGGACUUGGAUUUAUGAUCCUUUGCCCACAUCUAUGAUAUGACCCGAUUUUGUGGUGGUGGUGGUGAUCUUUAGCAACGUGAGAUUGGAUACCGGCGAAAGGCUAACGAGCUCGGCUGGACCCAGGAAAUCGCGCCUCCCCAACUCGCCAAGCUUCGGAUUUCCACUCAGAAGGUGGGCAUCACGGUGUCAGAUUCUUGGUUCGCGAAGUUGUGGAAGCCUCCGGCAAAUCGUAAUUUUGUGCCCUGUGUCGCUCCCAGUUCAUCUUUUCUGCCUCCUUCUCAAUCGAGGGGCUACUUGCUAGUUCAUGCCAAUGGUGGGUUAAACCAAAUGCGAGCUGGGAUAUGCGACAUGGUAGCCGUUUCACGAUUGAUUAAUGCCACACUUGUUAUUCCUCAACUUGAUAAAAGAUCGUUUUGGCAAGAUUCUAGCAAUUUCUCUGACGUUUUUGAUGAAGAACAUUUCAUCCACACCUUGGCCGAUGAUGUCGAAGUUGUAAAGAAACUACCAAAAGAACUGAUGACAGCUGCAAAAGCAGUAAUACAUUUUCGAAGCUGGUCAGGACUAGAUUACUAUCAAGAUGAGAUAUCACACAUGUGGGAUAAAUAUCAGGUUAUCAAAGCUGCCAAGUCAGAUUCACGUCUUGCAAACAAUAACCUUCCUCCUGACAUUCAAAAACUUCGUUGCUGUGCUUUUUAUGAGGCUCUCAGAUUUGCUCCACGGAUUGAGGCACUAGGAAAAUUAUUGGUGGAGAGAAUGAGGUCUUACGGUCGAUAUAUUGCUUUGCACUUGCGUUAUGAAAAGGACAUGCUUGCUUUUAGUGGGUGCACGUAUGGCUUGUCUUCAGUUGAAUCUGAUGAAUUGGCAAGAAUUAGAGAGAACAUUUCAUAUUGGAAGGUUAAAGAAAUUGAUCCCCAAGAACAAAGGGCCAAAGGUAUGGUUGGAAUCUUUCUUUCUUCUCUUGGGUAUCCAUCGAAUACUCCAAUAUAUGUUGCAGCAGGGGCGAUAUAUGGAGGCGGCUCUCAUUUGUCUGAUCUAGAAUCUCGCUUUCCCAUUUUAUUAAGCAAGGAGAAAUUGGCAUCUGCAGAAGAGCUUGAACCUUUCAAAGAUUAUGCCUCACAAAUGGCCGCACUUGACUAUAUUGUAUCGGUGGAAAGCGACGUAUUUGUCCCCUCAUAUUUAGGGAAUAUGGCAAGGGCAGUUGAGGGUCACCGCCGCUUCCUUGGCCACAGGAAAAUAAUUAAUCCUAACAGAAAGGAUCUUGUUCAGCUGUUUGAUAAGAUCAAUCGAGGAUCUCUCAAAGAGGGGAAGAAGUUAUCAAAUAUUAUUGUAGAGAUUCAUAAGAGACGGCAAGGUUCUCCCCGCAAAAGGAAAGGUCCCAUUCCUGGCACGAGGGGUGUGGAAAGGUUUCAGUCCGAAGAAGCAUUCUAUGAGAACCCUCUGCCAGAUUGUUUGUGCCAGCAGGAACACGAAGAGUUCGAUAACUCACCUGUGCGUAGAUAAAUUGGUAUACACCGAAGCCCCGUAUAGAGCAUCUUGUCCUACACCUGAUGGCUUGGCAAAAGAUUGAUACCCUCCAGCUAACAUCCGAUGAGGUGUUGGAAUCUCGACAUGCUUGACCCUAUUAGCUAUAGUACAGACAACCCUAUUGUUGGGAUGAACCGAUGAAGUCGAUCUCUUGUUUUGCAGACUUAAAAGAGAAGCUGAUGAGAAGGAUUCGGAAAGCAACUACUGGAACAACUGCUGUAACAGCAUGCAUAAAGCAAGCAUAUUGGAAAGAAGAUGACUCAUAGCACUAGUUUUCAUGUUCCUAUAUAUAUACAAUUGAACAAAAAUCAGCAGGGGGUGUCUCAAAUCUGUACAUCAACCACAUGAUGAUCUUUCAUAUUUUAUUGAAAAAAUCAGUCAAAACUUGAUUCAAUUGUUCUAAGUAGUAAUUACUGAGAAAUCAAACCUUUGUAUUUGGUUUCUCGUCAAACGUUUAUUGUGAUUCUAUCUCUGGUUCA